AUGGCUAAACCAGUGAUUUGUGAUUUGAUCCAAAUAUUCAAAAGCGGUAUAACAGCAGUGCUACCAGAGAAUCUAAUAAGAAAAUCAAUCAAAUAUAAUCCAGUGAAUCAGCAGUUGACUAUAGUUAAUCAGAACUAUAACUUACAGGAGAAAAAUCUAUAUCUAGUUGGAUUUGGAAAAGCAGUUCAGAACAUGGCAAUAGAGGUAGAAAAUAUACUGGAUUCCAAGAUAAAGGAAGGAAUUAUUAGCGUUCCUGUUGGUAGUUUAGUAAAUAAACAAACCGAAAAUAAUGUCAGAUAUUAUGAGGGAGCACAGGAUAAUUUGCCUGAUGCUGGGGCAGUGUCCACUGCUAAAAAGAUAAGAAGUCUAGUGACAACCCUUAAUGAAAAUGACCUACUUUUGGUCCUAACAUCAGGAGGAGGCUCUGCUCUCCUGCCACUGCCAAAAGAUCCAAUAACUUUAGAAGAAAAAACCCAACUCAUAAAAAAAUUGGGAAAUUCUGGUGCAGACAUCACAGAACUUAAUAGUGUUCGAAAGAAAAUUUCUGAUGUUAAAGGAGGACAGCUAGCUAUAAAAGCACAACCUGCUGAAGUAGUAUCUUUAAUACUUUCUGAUAUAGUUGGCGAUCCUUUAGAUUUAAUAGCUAGUGGACCAACUACCGAAGAUAAAGACGACAGAGAAAAAGCACUUAAUAUAAUAAAAAAGUACAAACUAGAUACUAGUCUACCUCCUUCUAUUACAAAAGUUUUAGAAGAAGAAACAUCAAAUAAAUUUCCCAAAAACAGAGUCAGAAAUCAUAUAAUAGGCUCAAAUAAAUUAAGUAUAGCUGAAGCAUUCAAUAAAGCGAAAGAACUUGGUUAUUGGCCUUUAGUUAUAUCUAAUGAAGUAACUGGCAAUGUUGCAGAGGUGGCUGAAGAAUAUGUGAAAUUGACUGUAUUUAUGUGCCAGUAUUUAUUAGGAAAAUUGGACAUAAAAUUGUUAGAAGGGGAAAUUAAAAUACUUAAGAUUCCUGGUCUGAACAUUGACUUUAUAGAACAAUUAAAGGAUGAUUUUAUCAAAGACAAAGACCUUUGCUUGAUAGGUGGUGGAGAAAUUACUGUAGAAGUAAAAGGAAAUGGAAAAGGUGGUAGAAAUCAACAACUUGCUCUAGAAUUUUCAAAUCUAAUUCACAAAAUAAAAGCAUCUGCUGAUAGUUUUGAUGUACAUUUCUUAAGUGCUGGCACAGAUGGCAUUGACGGUCCUACCGAUGCUGCAGGUGCUAUUGGUCAUCUAAGUUUAAUUUUGGAAGCAAAUAAAGAAGGAAUAGAUGUACAUAAAUAUAUAGAUACCAAUGAUUCAUACAACUUCUACAGAAACUACAGGAAAGGUGAACUACAUGUGAUUACAGGACAUACUAACACUAAUGUUAUGGAUACACAUUUAAUAAUAAUCAAGAGAAUAAAUAAAUAGUCUUAGUCUACUUUAUACAAAUAUAUUUUACUUUACUGAUACUUAUGUAGAUGGUUUUAAGAAUAAAUUGAGUUUAUUCUGUUUCUUC